GCAAGUGCCUUGUCUCAGUCCUUCCUGCCUGCCCUCUGCGCUGUCCCUAGGAUGGGCAGCAGGAGCUGGAACUGGGCUCUGGUCUGGGCCUCUGUGGCCUUGUUCACGGUAUGGCCAGCAGAGAGCCAGAGCCAGGCAGAAGAACUGAGCUCAGAACACCCCGAACUCACCGGAGAUGGUCAGAAAGUGUACAGUGCUCCCACAUCCUCGUCCACCUGGCACGUCACCUUCAUCCCGCCCAUGACCGUCUUCCCGACCAUGAGCCCCGCAAACCUGGCACACAACGGGAGGGUGUGCAGCACAUGGGGUGACUUCCACUACAAGACCUUCGAUGGCGACAUGUUCCACUUCCCCGGCCUCUGUAACUAUGUCUUCUCUUCACACUGUGGGGCCACCUAUGAGGACUUCAACAUCCAACUGCGUCGUGGUCUUGAGGGCUCCAGGCCCGUGGUCACUCAUGUGGUCCUCAGGGCCCAGGGGCUGGUGAUUGAGCUGGCCAAUGGCUCUGUCCUGGUGGAUGGACAGCAGGUGGAGCUGCCCUACAGCCGUGCAGGUCUUCUGAUGGAGGAGACCAGUGGGUAUGUGAAGCUCAGCAUCCGGCUAGUCCUCACCUUCCUGUGGAAUGAAGACAGUGCUCUGCUGGAGCUGGACUCUAAAUAUACUAACCAGACGUGUGGGCUGUGCGGCGACUUCAAUGGGCUCCCAGGUGUCAACGAGUUCUACGCCCACAACACCAGGCUGACCCCUGUACAGUUUGGAAACCUGCAGAAGCUGGAUGGUCCUACUGAGCAGUGCCAGGACACCCUGCCCUCAGCAGUCAGCAAUUGCACAGAUACGGAGGACAUCUGCCGCCGCAUCCUGCUUGGCCCUGCCUUUGCCGAGUGCAUCGCCCUGGUAGAUGUCAACAUGUACUUGGAUGCCUGUGUCCAGGAUCUGUGCCGCUGCCCCACAUGCCCAUGCGCCACUUUUGCUGAAUAUUCCCGCCAGUGUGCCCAUGCAGGAGGCCAUCCGCAGAACUGGAGGAGUCCUGAUCUCUGCAACUGGACAUGCCCCUUCAACAUGGAACACCAGGAGUGCAGCUCGCCCUGCGUGGAUACCUGCUCCAACCCCCAACGCUCUCAACUCUGCGAGGAUCACUGCAUGGAUGGCUGCUUCUGUCCCCCAGGCACUGUGCUGGAUGACAUCAGACACUUGGGCUGCCUGCCCCUGGAGCAGUGCCAUUGCACCCGUGGUGGGCACACUUAUGCCCCUGGAGAGUCCUUCAACACCAGCUGCAGCUCCUGCACCUGCUCUGGGGGAUUGUGGCAGUGCCAGGACCUGCCGUGCCCCGGCACCUGCUCUGUGCAAGGCGGGUCCCAUGUCUUCACCUAUGACGAGAAACUCUACAAUGUGCAUGGGGACUGCAGCUAUGUCCUGUCCAAGAAAUGUGCAGAUAGCGGCUUCACUGUGCUGGCCGAUCUGCGAAAGUGUGGACUGACGGACACUGAGAACUGCCUCAAAGCGGUUACACUCAACCUCAAUAGUGGGGACAUGGUCAUCCGGAUCCAGGCCAACGGUGCUGUGUUCCUGAACUCCAUCUUUACUCAGCUUCCCAUGUCAGCAGCCAACGUCACCAUCUUCAGUCCAUCAUCCUUCUUCAUUGUGGUGCAGACUGGCAUAGGACUGCAGCUGCAGGUGCAGCUGGUGCCCAUCAUGCAGGUGUUUGUCAGGCUGGACCCCUCCUACCAUGGCCAGAUGUGUGGCCUGUGUGGUAACUUCAACCAGAACCAGGCUGAUGACUUCACAGCCCUCAGUGGGGUAGUGGAGGGCACAGGAGCUGCCUUCUCCAACACCUGGAAGACUCAAGCCUCCUGCCCCAAUUCCAAGAACACCUUUGAGGACCCCUGUUCAUACAGCGUGGAGACGGAGAACUAUGCCCAGAAGUGGUGUUCCAUGCUCACCGAAAGCUCAGGAGUCUUCUCGGCCUGCCAUGCCACCGUCAGCCCGGUGCCCUUCUACUCGAACUGCAUGUUUGACACGUGCAACUGUGAAAACAGCGAGGACUGCAUGUGUGCCGCCCUGUCCUCCUAUGUGCAUGCCUGUGCCGCCAAAGGGGUGCUGCUCAGUGGCUGGAGAGACGGCGUCUGCAUCAAGUACAUGAACAACUGUCCCAAAACCAAGAGCUACUCCUAUGCAGUGAGCACUUGCGAGCCUACCUGCCGCUCUCUGAGUGAAGCUGACGUCACCUGUGGCGUCUCCUUUGUGCCCGUGGAUGGCUGCACCUGCCCUGAAGGCACCUUCCUGAAUGAUGAGGGUCACUGUGUGCGUGAUGAGGAGUGCCCCUGCUUCUUCCAUGGAACUGUGGUGGCCGCCAGAGAGUUCGUUAUGGACAAUGGGGUGGUGUGUUCAUGUGAAAAGGGGAAGCUGACCUGUCUUGGAGCCCUGAUGCAGAAGAACACAGAGUGCCAGGCACCUAUGGUAUAUCUGGACUGUAACAAUGCCUCAGUUGGUGACCAAGGAUCUGAAUGCCUCAGAAGCUGCCAAACACUGGAUGUGGAAUGUUUCAGCACACACUGCGUCUCUGGCUGUGUGUGUCCCUCAGGGCUGGUAGCCGACGGGAAUGGGGGCUGCAUUGCUGAGGAGGACUGCCCCUGCGUACACAAUGAGGCCACCUAUAGGCCUGGGGAGAGCAUCCGGGUAGACUGCAAUAACUGUACCUGCAGGAACCGCCGGUGGGAGUGCACUGACCAACCUUGUAUGGGUGCAUGUGUGGCCUAUGGGGAUGGCCAUUUUGUUACCUUUGAUGGUGAACGCUACAUCUUUGAAGGCAGCUGCGAGUAUACCUUGGCCCAGGACUACUGCAGAGGCAACACCAGUACUGAUGGGACCUUUCGUAUUAUCACUGAGAAUGUCCCUUGUGGGACCACGGGAACCACAUGUUCCAAGACCAUCAAGAUCUUUGUGGAGAGCUACGAGCUGAUUCUUCAUGAGGGGAACUUCAAGGUGGUAGAGAGAGGGCCAAGUGGGGACCCUCCAUACCAGAUCAGAUACAUGGGCAUUUUCCUGGUCAUUGAGAUCCGCAGUGGGAUAGUCGUGUCCUGGGACAGGAAGACCAGUGUGUUUGUCCGACUGCAGCAGCAUUACAAGGGCAGGGUCUGUGGCCUGUGUGGGAACUUUGACGACAAUGCCAUCAACGACUUCACCACGCGCAGCCAGUCUGUGGUGAGUGAUGUUCUGGAGUUUGGAAACAGCUGGAAGUUCUCCCCAUCCUGCCCAGAUGCCCCAGUUCCCAAGGACCCCUGCACUGCCAACCCAUACCGCAAGUCCUGGGCCCAGAAAAAGUGCAGCAUCAUCAACAGCGCGACCUUCGCAGCCUGCCACUCCCAGGUUGACUCUACCAAGUACUACGAAGCUUGUGUGCAUGAUGUGUGUGCCUGUGACUCAGGGGGUGACUGCGAGUGUUUCUGCACUGCUGUGGCUGCCUAUGCCCAGGCCUGCCGUGAUGUGGGCGUGUGCUUGUCCUGGAGGACACCAGACAUCUGCCCUCUUUUCUGUGACUACUACAACCCUCAUGGGGAGUGUGAGUGGCAUUACCAGCCCUGUGGAGCCCCCUGUCUGAAGACCUGUCGAAACCCUGCUGGACGCUGCCUUGUUGACCUGCCGGGCCUGGAAGGCUGCUACCCACAAUGCCCACCCAGUCAGCCUUUCUUCAAUGAGGACCAGAUGAAGUGUGUGGCCCAGUGUGGAUGCUAUGAUGAUGAUGGAAACUACCAUGAUAUUGGCACACAGGUCCCUACAGCAGAGAACUGCCAGAGUUGUCUCUGCACCCCUGAUGGCAUCAAGUGUGUUCACAACCUUACAGCCUGCAUAUGCACCUAUGAGGGCCGUACCUACCACUACGAUGAUGUUGUCUACAACACCACGGAUGGCCUUGGUGCAUGCUUAGUGGCCAUCUGCAAAGGCAAUGGGACAAUCAUACGCACAACAGAAGAGUGCCCUGCAGUCUCAUCUACCACACCGUUCACAUUCACCAAUACCUUGGCACCCCAUACCACAACAGGCUCAGCUCCCACUGCAUCCACUGUGUCCACGGUGUGUGUCCGCGAGGUCUGCCGCUGGUCCAUUUGGUAUGAUGAAAGCCAUCCAGAGCCUGGCAUGACAGGUGGGGACUUUGAAACGUUUGAGAACAUGAGGCAGAAAGGGUACCAGGUGUGUCAAAGCCCUGCUGCCAUAGAGUGCCGUGCUGAGAAGUUCCCCAGCAUGGACUUACAGAAGCUGGGACAGAAGGUGAACUGUGACCCAUCCUGGGGGCUGAAAUGUCUUAACAGUGAGCAGAGUCCGCCACUCUGCUACAAUUACGAGCUGAGGGUUCUGUGCUGUGAUUACGUGCCCUGUAGUUCCACCCUGACAUCAGGUGCAAGCACCACUCACUCCCGACCAGAGAUCAGCAGAGAGUCCUCUUGGCCCACUCACAGUACUCAGAGUCCCAUUCAGAGUACUCAGACAACAUCCUCAGUGUCCAAGUCCACACCCUUGUGGACCACAGAAGGGAAAGAGACAUCUCUGGAUACAAUUCACAGCUCAAGACAAACAGUGACGUUCACCUCAAAAAGAAGGGCCACUUCACAUCGUAUUGGGUCCACAAACUCAGCCAGCAGCCUUGUCUCAUCCAGCGCAACAUCAGUAUUCACCUCACAGACAGGGUCCACUUCAGCAGCCAGCACGGUCACACACACGGUCAGCACGCCUGUGACCUCUACCACCUGCCAACCCCAAUGUCAAUGGACAGGGUGGCUUGACACAGACUACCCCACGUCUGACGGCGAGGGAGAAGACAUUGAAACAUAUGAGAGAAUCAGGGCCACUGGGGCAGAUAUCUGUGAACAGCCUCAGGGCAUCCAGUGUGUGGCCCAGAACUACCCUGACAUGAGUUUGGACAUGUUGGGUCAGGAAGUGACAUGUGAUGUCAACUUCGGUCUGGUGUGCCGCAACAGGGACCAGAAAGGUGAUUUUGGGAUGUGCUACAACUACAUGAUCCGGGUGCUGUGUUGCAGUGUGAGCCACUGCCAGGGACCGACCACCACUGCGGGCUCACCUACCACACCACAAACUGCCACCACUGCUACCCAGACCCUGUCCUCCAAGCCUUAUCCCAACACCAGUCCAGUGGAGACCUGGUCUCCUUCAGGCUCCACCAGCAUCCAGGGCUCAGAGAUGCCCACCUCUGGGAUCCUGACUGCAAGUGUGUCAUCCCCACCCAGCACUUCUCUGACAGCCACCUCAAAGACUACUCAGCAUCCCAGGAGCCCAGAAUCCUCUGGGACUCCUUCAGUGGUGACAACAAGGUCCACCUCUCAAGGGCACUCCCUACCUCCCAGCAGUCCCCAUGCCACCAGCUCAUUCUCAGCAACAACCUCAAGGACUUCCCUGGCCAGAGGGACAACCUUCUCUACCUCUCUGACCACCCCUGGACCAUCCUAUUCCCCUCCUGGAAGCACCAGCAUGAGCUCAGCCACGGCGGCCUCCACGAGCAGAGCAAUUACACAUUCCAAGACUACCCCAGAGCUCACUGGAGCUCCUUCAGCCAGCACCACAGAACCAUUCAGGACACUAACCACGUCCACUUCAGCAGCCAGCACGGUCACACACACGGUCAGCACGCCUGUGACCUCUACCACCUGCCAACCCCAAUGUCAAUGGACAGGGUGGCUCGACACAGACUACCCCACGUCUGAUGGCGAGGGAGAAGACAUUGAGACAUAUGAGAGAAUCAGGGCCACUGGGGCAGAUAUCUGUGAACAGCCUCAGGGCAUCCAGUGUGUGGCCCAGAACUACCCUGACAUGAGUUUGGACAUGUUGGGUCAGGAAGUGACGUGUGAUGUCAACUUCGGUCUGGUGUGCCGCAACAGGGACCAGAAAGGUGAUUUUGGGAUGUGCUACAACUACAUGAUCCGGGUGCUGUGUUGCAGUGUGAGCCAUUGCCAGGGACCGACCACCACUGCAGGCUCACCUACCACACCACAAACUGCCACCACUGCCAGUUCCAGGUCAAUCACACAUACUUCCUGGCCUGUGUCCAGCAUAUCCACCAGCACCAGCACCACAGAAUCUAUUUCAUCCCCUGGAAAAACCACAAUCCUCACCAUGGCUUCUUCCACAGCCACAACCACACCCAGGGAGACUCGAACCUCAUCAUGGCUAUCCACUGGUCUCUCCCCAGCCCUUAAAACUACAAGGACCACUUCCACAGGCUGUAAGUUUCAAUGCACCUGGACAGAUUGGCUGGACAGUGACAAACCUCAACCUGGCCAGUUUGGGGGAGAUAUUGAGACCUACUAUCAUAUUAGAAACAAGACAGGUAUCCAGGUAUGCAAGAAACCUGUGGACAUUGAAUGUGAAGCCAUCCUCUUCCCCAACAUGUCCUUCCAGCAGCUGGGCCAGGAGGUGGUGUGUAAUGUGGACUUUGGACUCAUCUGCAGGAAUAGCAAGCAGGCCAACAACCAAACCUGUUUCAACUACCAUAUCCGUGUGCUCUGUUGUGAGGAAGACAUGAGCUGUUUGAGCACAACGGGAUCACUGUCUACCACCUUCAGUCCAGUGACGGAAUCCCCUCAUACGGCAGCACCGCUGUCGUCCACUUCCACAGCAGCACCUGGAUCUCCCAGAAUAGUCUCCAUGUCUACAAACAAGAGGCCAUCGGAAGAGCCAAUGGCCUCAACUUCACUCACAACACUAAGAAGAAUCUCUUUCCCUAGGACAGACAGGGUUGUCUCCACUGGCACAACUGGGACUACUGAGAGAUUGUCGCUCUCUAGUAUGUCAACAAGUUCAGCCUCUCCAACUACCUUCCUCCAAACGUCAAAAGAGCAACACUCAGGUAAACCAAACACAACUUCAUGGACAGCUUCCUCCAGCACUCCCAGCACUGCCAAGCUGACAAUGUCCACUGGCACCUCCACAGGGUUCUCUAGAACCAUAACCACACUCUGGAGAAGCUUGCCCCCUAGCACCCCAACCACACCUACCAAAUCCACUGAACCCAACUCUAUCUUGAUGACAACAAAGAACCCUCCAACACUGAUCACCAGUCACAUGUCCAACAGUCACACUAGAACCCAUAUCACCACAGCAUCCUCUCCUGAAGCAGUAAGUACAGAGGAGGUCAGAAAGUCCUCCUCGUCUACCUCUCUGACCACCCCUGGACCAACCUAUUCCCCUCCUGGAAGCACCAGCAUGAGCUCAGCCACGGCGGCCUCCACGAGCAGAGCAAUUACACAUUCCAAGACUACCCCAGAGCUCACUGGAGCUCCUUCAGCCAGCACCACAGAACCAUUCAGGACACUAACCACGUCCACUUCAGCAGCCAGCACGGUCAGCCACACGGUCAGCACGCCUGUGACCUCUACCACCUGCCAACCCCAAUGUCAAUGGACAGGGUGGCUCGACACAGACUACCCCACGUCUGAUGGCGAGGGAGAAGACAUUGAGACAUAUGAGAGAAUCAGGGCCACUGGGGCAGAUAUCUGUGAACAGCCUCAGGGCAUCCAGUGUGUGGCCCAGAACUACCCUGACAUGAGUUUGGACAUGUUGGGUCAGGAAGUGACGUGUGAUGUCAACUUCGGUCUGGUGUGCCGCAACAGGGACCAGAAAGGUGAUUUUGGGAUGUGCUACAACUACAUGAUCCGGGUGCUGUGUUGCAGUGUGAGCCACUGCCAGGGACCGACCACCACUGCGGGCUCACCUACCACACCACAAACUGCCACCACUGCUACCCAGACCCUGUCCUCCAAGCCUUAUCCCAACACCAGUCCAGUGGAGACCUGGUCUCCUUCAGGCUCCACCAGCAUCCAGGGCUCAGAGAUGCCCACCUCUGGGAUCCUGACUGCAAGUGUGUCAUCCCCACCCAGCACUUCUCUGACAGCCACCUCAAAGACUACUCAGCAUCCCAGGAGCCCAGAAUCCUCUGGGACUCCUUCAGUGGUGACAACAAGGUCCACCUCUCAAGGGCACUCCCUACCUCCCAGCAGUCCCCAUGCCACCAGCUCAUUCUCAGCAACAACCUCAAGGACUUCCCUGGCCAGAGGGACAACCUUCUCUACCUCUCUGACCACCCCUGGACCAUCCUAUUCCCCUCCUGGAAGCACCAGCAUGAGCUCAGCCACGGCGGCCUCCACGAGCAGAGCAAUUACACAUUCCAAGACUACCCCAGAGCUCACUGGAGCUCCUUCAGCCAGCACCACAGAACCAUUCAGGACACUAACCACGUCCACUUCAGCAGCCAGCACGGUCACACACACGGUCAGCACGCCUGUGACCUCUACCACCUGCCAACCCCAAUGUCAAUGGACAGGGUGGCUCGACACAGACUACCCCACGUCUGAUGGCGAGGGAGAAGACAUUGAGACAUAUGAGAGAAUCAGGGCCACUGGGGCAGAUAUCUGUGAACAGCCUCAGGGCAUCCAGUGUGUGGCCCAGAACUACCCUGACAUGAGUUUGGACAUGUUGGGUCAGGAAGUGACGUGUGAUGUCAACUUCGGUCUGGUGUGCCGCAACAGGGACCAGAAAGGUGAUUUUGGGAUGUGCUACAACUACAUGAUCCGGGUGCUGUGUUGCAGUGUGAGCCAUUGCCAGGGACCGACCACUACUGCGGGCUCACCUACCACACCGCAAACUGCCACCACUGCUACCCAGACCCUGUCAUCCAAGUAUCAGACCACCACUAGUCUACCUGUGACCAGAACUUACUCGGCUUUCACCACGGUAGCAACAAGCUUCUCAAAAACUCCACCUGGCUCUAGCUACACGGCCACUACUGUUACAUCCUCUACCAGAAGCACCCCACAUGUUUCAAGUGUCAUGGAAAGUAGCAGCCCAGGAACGGUCUCCUCUAUCCAUACAACACUCACCAUCAUGCCUAAAACAUUACAGCCAUCAACACCUGCUUUGACAACAAAGCAAACUUCCUCGACUGGAAUCUGGACCAGAAUACUUACUGGUACAGCUGGAACUACCUUUUCAAAACUUCCACCCACAAGCCUAACUACAGUCAUAGAAGAGCUGUCUACCAGUACACCAAGAAUACAGACGCUACCAGAAACCAUGACUACUGCCAGCACCAGCCAGGGCACAACCUACUGCCAGCCCAAGUGUACAUGGACGGAAUGGUUUGAUGUAGACUCACCAACCUCAGGGGUAGGAAGAGGAGACAUGGAGACCUAUGAAAACAUCAGAGCUUCUGGUAAGAAGAUGUGCCAGGCACCAGAAAAGAUUGAGUGCCGGGCAGAGAACUAUCCUGCAGUCAGCAUUGAUAAGGUUGGCCAAGUAGUAAGCUGCAGCCUGGAGACAGGGUUAGUCUGCAAAAAUGAGGACCAGACAGAUGAUUUCAAAAUGUGCUUCAACUAUAAUAUACGUGUGCUUUGCUGUAAUGACUAUAGCCAUUGCCCUAGCACAACGGCUGUUCCACCAACAUCUACCACAAACAAGCCUAAAGCAAGUAAUGAGGUCCCCACCAAGGCCACCAGUUCAUCAACAAGACAAAGACACUCCAUCAAAGCUACCACACCUUCAAAGACUUCAGACAGCCUGACGACCACUGUUAUCCAUACAGGAUCCAUACCUUCCACACACUCAGUCAGCAGCCCUGUGACUUCUACCACCUGCCAACCCCAAUGUCAAUGGACAGGGUGGCUAGACACAGACUACCCCACGUCUGACGGCGAGGGAGAAGACAUUGAGACAUAUGAGAGAAUCAGGGCCACUGGGGCAGAUAUCUGUGAACAGCCUCAGGGCAUCCAGUGUGUGGCCCAGAACUACCCUGACAUGAGUUUGGACAUGUUGGGUCAGGUAGUGACGUGUGAUGUCAGCUUCGGUCUGGUGUGCCGCAACAGGGACCAGAAAGGUGAUUUUGGGAUGUGCUACAACUACAUGAUCCGGGUGCUGUGUUGCAGUGUGAGCCACUGCCAGGGACCGACCACCACUGCGGGCUCACCUACCACACCACAAACUGCCACCACUGCUACCCAGACCCUGUCCUCCAAGCCUUAUCCCAACACCAGUCCAGUGGAGACCUGGUCUCCUUCAGGCUCCACCAGCAUCCAGGGCUCAGAGAUGCCCACCUCUGGGAUCCUGACUGCAAGUGUGUCAUCCCCACCCAGCACUUCUCUGACAGCCACCUCAAAGACUACUCAGCAUCCCAGGAGCCCAGAAUCCUCUGGGACUCCUUCAGUGGUGACAACAAGGUCCACCUCUCAAGGGCACUCCCUACCUCCCAGCAGUCCCCAUGCCACCAGCUCAUUCUCAGCAACAACCUCAAGGACUUCCCUGGCCAGAGGGACAACCUUCUCUACCUCUCUGACCACCCCUGGACCAUCCUAUUCCCCUCCUGGAAGCACCAGCAUGAGCUCAGCCACGGCGGCCUCCACGAGCAGAGCAAUUACACAUUCCAAGACUACCCCAGAGCUCACUGGAGCUCCUUCAGCCAGCACCACAGAACCAUUCAGGACACUAACCACGUCCACUUCAGCAGCCAGCACGGUCACACACACGGUCAGCACGCCUGUGACCUCUACCACCUGCCAACCCCAAUGUCAAUGGACAGGGUGGCUCGACACAGACUACCCCACGUCUGAUGGCGAGGGAGAAGACAUUGAGACAUAUGAGAGAAUCAGGGCCACUGGGGCAGAUAUCUGUGAACAGCCUCAGGGCAUCCAGUGUGUGGCCCAGAACUACCCUGACAUGAGUUUGGACAUGUUGGGUCAGGAAGUGACGUGUGAUGUCAACUUCGGUCUGGUGUGCCGCAACAGGGACCAGAAAGGUGAUUUUGGGAUGUGCUACAACUACAUGAUCCGGGUGCUGUGUUGCAGUGUGAGCCACUGCCAGGGACCGACCACCACUGCGGGCUCACCUACCACACCACAAACUGCCACCACUGCUACCCAGACCCUGUCCUCCAAGCCUUAUCCCAACACCAGUCCAGUGGAGACCUGGUCUCCUUCAGGCUCCACCAGCAUCCAGGGCUCAGAGAUGCCCACCUCUGGGAUCCUGACUGCAAGUGUGUCAUCCCCACCCAGCACUUCUCUGACAGCCACCUCAAAGACUACUCAGCAUCCCAGGAGCCCAGAAUCCUCUGGGACUCCUUCAGUGGUGACAACAAGGUCCACCUCUCAAGGGCACUCCCUACCUCCCAGCAGUCCCCAUGCCACCAGCUCAUUCUCAGCAACAACCUCAAGGACUUCCCUGGCCAGAGGGACAACCUUCUCUACCUCUCUGACCACCCCUGGACCAUCCUAUUCCCCUCCUGGAAGCACCAGCAUGAGCUCAGCCACGGCGGCCUCCACGAGCAGAGCAAUUACACAUUCCAAGACUACCCCAGAGCUCACUGGAGCUCCUUCAGCCAGCACCACAGAACCAUUCAGGACACUAACCACGUCCACUUCAGCAGCCAGCACGGUCACACACACGGUCAGCACGCCUGUGACCUCUACCACCUGCCAACCCCAAUGUCAAUGGACAGGGUGGCUCGACACAGACUACCCCACGUCUGAUGGCGAGGGAGAAGACAUUGAGACAUAUGAGAGAAUCAGGGCCACUGGGGCAGAUAUCUGUGAACAGCCUCAGGGCAUCCAGUGUGUGGCCCAGAACUACCCUGACAUGAGUUUGGACAUGUUGGGUCAGGAAGUGACGUGUGAUGUCAACUUCGGUCUGGUGUGCCGCAACAGGGACCAGAAAGGUGAUUUUGGGAUGUGCUACAACUACAUGAUCCGGGUGCUGUGUUGCAGUGUGAGCCAUUGCCAGGGACCGACCACCACUAUGGGCUCACCUACCACACCACGGACUGCCACCACUGCCAGACUCUCUAGUACUGCCAUAAACACUUCUUGGGUUUCUCCUAGUGCCCUCAGCGACACUUCAGCUACUUCCACACCCACUAGUACUUCCAAAGAGAAUCAGUCCUCCUCUCUGGCGAGUACUAGGACUACCAUCAUCUCUACUCCACUCUCCAGUUCCACGGGCUGCAAACCUCAAUGUACCUGGUCAGAUUGGCUGGACCAUAGUUCACCCAUCCCUGGGAGUUCUGGAGGGGAAUUUGAGACCUAUGCCAACAUUAGAGCAGCUGGAAUUGCUAUAUGUGAUAAGCCCCUGGACUUAGAAUGUGAUGUUGUUGACCAGCCCCAUGUGCCUCAGCAGGAGUCGAAUCAGGUGAUCAACUGCAGUGUGAACUUUGGUCUGGUGUGCAGGAACCUGGACCAGCCGGGGCCCUUUAGUGUAUGCCUCAACUACCGUAUCCGUGUGCUUUGCUGUGAUGACUAUAGUCACUGCCCUAGUACCCCUUCCGGCACCAGAACGUCAGCACUGCCCUGGUCUACCCACACUCCUCUGGUCCCUUUCACAACCACAGUGGCCUCAAGCACUGAGUCCACCUUUCAGACCAAGCAUCCCUUCAGCUCCCCAGUGCCAAGUACCCAAGCAUCCACAUGGACCACACUUACUGACUCGGGCUGUGCACCUCGAUGCACAUGGACGGACUGGUUUGAUGCAGACUUCCCUAACCCUGGCCCCAGAGGCGGGGACUUUGAGGUCUAUGCAGUGCUACGUGAGGUUGGCUUUGUGUUCUGUGAGCAGCCCAAGGACAUCCAAUGCCGCUCUGAGAAGGAGCCAGACAGGCCCCUGGAAACUCUAGAGCAGGUGGUCCAGUGUGAUGUGCGAUUUGGGCUGAUAUGCAAGAAUAUCAACCAAUCGGGGCCAUUGCAAUAUUGUGACAACUACCAUGUGCGCCUCCUCUGCUGUGACAACACCACCCACUGCACCACCCCACCCAUGGCCACCCCCUCCACUGUUCCUUCUACCUCUACCCUGUUGUCCACUCACACUUCCCCAAUCUCGAACACCAUGUCUUCUUCCCCUGUGGCCACAAGCUCCACUGUGCCCCACUCCUCUUCCCUAGUGCCCACUCCCACCUCUCCAGUUCUGACCACCGCAACUUCACCUGGAGCCACGGGCCCUACUGCGGCCCCCUCCUCCACCACAGAGACCACCCACACCCCUGAACUUUCCCCCAGCAGUCAGGUGACCUUCAGCAUGUCUACUGUUUCUCCCUUGAGCCUCAGUACUGUUAGGUCUACUGUCUUUUCCAGUCAAUCAGUUUCCCCGUCACCCUGUUUCUGCCGGGCAUUUGGACAGCUCUUCUUACCUGGAGAUGUCAUCUACAAUAAGACUGAUGGAGCUGGCUGCCAAUUCUACGCCACCUGCAACCAAAACUGUGAGCUUGACCGCUUCCAGGGUGCCUGUCCCUCCUCUUCACCUCCAGUGCCCUCUACCCCGCUUCCUGGCUGUGAUAAUGCCAGCCCUCCCCGGCAGGUGAAUGAGUCCUGGACCCUGGAGAACUGCACAGUGGCUAGGUGCCAGGGAAAUAACCAAAUCAUCCUCGAAGAGCCAGAGCCUGUGGACAAUGUCACCUGUGCCAACAAGCACUUGCCCAUCAAAGUGUGGGACCAGGAGCCUUGCCACUUCCACUAUGAGUGUGAAUGCUUCUGCAGUGGAUGGGGGCAGUCACACUACCUGACAUUUGAUGGCACCUCCUAUACUUUCCUGGACAACUGUACCUCGGUGCUCAUGAGAGAGAUCCACCCUCGCCAUGGCAACCUGAGCAUCCUUGCUCACAGCUACUACUGUGGGGCUACCACCAAUGCCACCUUCUGUCCCCGUGCCCUCAGUGUGAACUACAACUCUAUGGAGAUUGUCCUCACCAUCACCAUCACUGGCAAUGGGAAGGAGGAGAGCCUGGUCAUAUGGGACCAAAUGUUGAUAAGCUCAGGCUACACUAAGAAUGGUGUGACAGUGUCCUUGAGCGGCACCACCACAAUGAGUGUCAACAUUUCCACCAUUGGCACCAGCAUCACCUUUGAUGGACACAUCUUCCAGAUAUGGUUACCCUACAGAUACUUCAGCAACAAUACUGAGGGCCAGUGUGGUACCUGCACCAAUAGCCAGACAGAUGAUUGCCGCCGGCCAGAUGGCACCAUAGCUUCCAACUGCCAGGAUAUGGCCAAAGACUGGCUGGUUCCCAGGAACAACAACAACAGCUGCUUAGCUCAGCCUAGCCCUCCCCCAAGCACCACUUCCCAGCCCCCAGUAUCCAGCACAUCCACCUCUACCCCAUGUCCCACUGCACCCCUCUGUGAGCUGAUGCUGAGCCAGGUCUUCGCUGAGUGCCACAGGCUCAUCCCUCCAGAUACCUUCUUCAGUUCCUGUGUCAAUGACCACUGCAAUGCCAAUGUCACUGACAUGCUCUGUCAAAGCCUGGAGGCCUACGCAACACUCUGCCGGGCCCGGGGUGUGUGCGUCAACUGGCGCAAUGCCACUGAAGGGCUAUGUGACCUCUCCUGUCCACCCACUAAGGAAUACAGGCCUUGUGGACCCCUGCAUCCAGCAUCCUGCAGCUCCAGGACCCUGAGUGUUUCAACUGAGAUGCAGGCAGAGGGCUGCUUCUGCCCUGAGAAUCAGCUCCUCUUCAACUCCCGCAUGGACAUCUGUGUGCAGGAGUGUCCCUGCGUGGGACCAGAUGGACUACCCAAGUUUCCGGGAGAACACUGGAUCAGCAACUGCCAGUCCUGCGUGUGCGACCCCAGUGCUGUGUCGGUACAGUGUGAGCCAGUGCAGUGUGAGAGCCAGGAGCUCCCACAGUGCACAAAAGCUGGCUUUGUGACUAUGACCAGGCCCAAGGCUGACAAUCCAUGCUGCUCCGAGACAGUCUGUGUCUGCAAUACAACCACCUGCCCCAAGAGUCUGUCCAAGUGUGAGCCAGGGCACGAGCUGAUCCGCAUCCACGAGGAGGGCAGCUGCUGCCCCAGCUCCAUCUGCAGACCCAUGAUGUGCACACACAAUGACACCCUCUAUGGGGUUGGUGCAAACUUCCCAGGGGAUGUUCCCUGCCAAACAUGCACCUGCUUCUCUGUGGGCAAUCAAGAACCAAAAGUACAGUGUAGAGAGAUCCUUUGUACCACCUUCUGCCCCCAGGGCUUCAAGUACACACUGGUGCCAGGGCAGUGCUGUGGGGAGUGUGUACAGGAUGCCUGCUUCACACCAGAGGGCCAGACAGUGCAGCCCAAUGAAACCUGGGUGAACAGCCAUGUUGACAAUUGCACAGUGUACCUCUGUAAGGCUGAGAAUGGAAUCCAUGUACUGACUCCACUCCCCAUGUCCUGCCCUGAUGUGUCCAACUGUAGGGGAACCCUAAAGAAAAUAGGUUGCUGUUACUCCUGUGAAAAAGAAGACUCAAGUACAUGUCAAGUGCGUGUAAGCACAACCAUCCUGCGGCAUAAGGGUUGUGAAACAGAGAUGGCAGUCAAUGUCACCUUCUGCGAGGGUUCCUGCUCUGGAACGUCCAAGUACUCCUUGGAGGUCCAGGCCAUGGAGCAUCAGUGCACCUGCUGUCAGGAGAGCAAGGUCCAUGACGUAGCUGUGGCCAUGCAGUGUCCCAACGGUACAGUCAUCCAGCACAUCUAUACCCACGUCGAUGAGUGCAGCUGUGCCCUGGCCUGCCGUUCCCCGCCCAUGGCAUCCAUGAACACUCCCUAAAGCCCAGUGCUGGAAGGCAAUUGCAUCCCCCAACCCCUCAUGUCCCUCCACCUGGAGCAGAACCUGCACAACUGACAAUGAAAACCUUAGGCACGCAUGCUCCAUGUGGCCCACAAGGACCCUCUGUGGCUCCCACUGUCUCUGUUCCACCCUCUGCCUGCCACUUGGUGAAACCAGUAUCAUGGAGGGUAAUGGGACAAUUAAGAUCCACUUGAGGAGGGUGCCAGGGGAGAAUUUGGCCCUUGGAGACGUAUAGAUGUUUUGGAGAAAAACAAAAAGCCUGUGUCUAAAAGACUCCCUACAGCAAGGUUGUAUGCCCUUCAUCACAUAAAGAAGCCCUUUGCCAGUCAUCUCAAGUGCACACAGGUGGAUAGGACUGUCCAAGAAAGACAAGCUAACAGAGAGCUGUGUCAGGCAAGAUAGCUGCCUGCUGGAGGGGCCCUGGGAUCUGCGGUUGGAAAGGGGCCUGUGCUCACCCAGCCCGAAGCUGUAAUAAACCCUGGUACUGUGUAUCUCCUCCUGGUGUCUUUUCCUGCCCACUCUACAUGGCUCCCUGCUUAUGGUUUGGAGUUGCCAGGGAUGAAGCUAGAGCUAUCAACAGGAACAUGAUGGAUGAGAGACUGGCUAAGAGGAAAAGGGAAGAGGUACUGGAUACUGAGAGCAAGGCCAGCCAGGGAACCACAAAUCAGUAUAGCUGCCACAGAACGCAGGGGCAGCAUCAGGGCAGCCUAGACAGACAGAGGAGCCUGUUGACUAAGGAGGCCAUCCUAGCACCCAUCAGUGUGUGGCAGCUGCAAUGGACAGAAAAGAAGGGUGCUCUGCAUUGCUCAGACCCCAAGGGGCUGUGGCUGCAGUGGUGCUGGGACCCCAGGUCCUGUUCUGCCUCCUCAGGUGCACUAUAUUCAAGAUACCUGUAGAUUAUUGGUUUACCAUACAAGUGGCUAUCCUUGGUGCCUUUCUUUCCCUCCCUCUGUCCAAAAUGGGAAACAUUCUAUAAGCAUGGCAGGGAGCCACAGGGGCCAGGGAAAUGUGGAACUCUAUGGCUUGGGUUCUAGAAGUAGGCAGGAAGGAAGCAUGUCAAGAGGAAUUCUACAUGUGGUGUGAGAUAGAGAAUAUCCUGGCUUGACUGCAGGAAGGAUAAAAAUGACCUUCAAAGGUACAGAAUGUGGUCAAUGGUGGGGCUGUGACCUAGGAAGAUAAGAACACAGUGGCUAGCUAUGGCCCCAAAAGCCUCUGGAGAAGUAAGUAGAGGGGUCCUGCUAUGGGCUUGGGCUACCCUGCUCUCCAGAAGUGGAUGCCAACAGACUCAGUAUGGCAGAGCUCCUGUGCCUGGUGUUGGGGUCCAGGGUCUAGCUAGUGAACCUGCCUUUCACAUGUACUUGCUGAAGUCUGUCGGGCAGGCAGCCCCCUGGGGAAACAUGGUCCAGAGACUGACAAGGCAACAGGUGUGUUGUGGGACAGCAGAAGGCUACUGGGGCCAGCUUCUUUCUCCAAGCUCACCUUUGAUCUCAUGGUGUGGCUUCUAGGACAGAAAAUUCCAGUCCCUGGCCUCAUGAAAUCACAUCAAAGUGUUGUUUCUUCAACCUCAGUCAUUUCAAGCAUCAUCACUGAAGUCAAGAGCAUCACUAAACAGAGACACUCUAAAAUGUGGAGGUCUUCCAUGUCUGGGGAGGCUCCUGACUACGACCAUAUAUACAGCGUGGUCCUCUUUACCUGUCAGGAAACAGGCACAAAGAGACGAAGAGCUUUAUCAGGAAGCAAGACCUGCUACAGCCAGGGUAGCAAACUUAAGAGUCCACUCUGAAAAUACAAGGGCUGACCUGGACCCAUGGAGAAUCACAAUGAGACACAAUGAGGAAACCACAGCUCUGGGUGCACUUCAAAUAUAUUCUAAAAGGAUUUCUGCCUCCUAGAUGGGAGAGUGGACAUCUCUUCCCCACAGACUGACCAAAACAAACUGCAACUAAACCACUAAACUAAGUGGACUAAGCUGAAAGCAGACAUCCCUGUGAAAGAAAAAGACAUUAGCAAUAUACCAACAAUGACAGGGCAGCCCAGGGGUCCACAUCAGGAGGCCCAACACCCUUCCUUAUAGGAAUGUACACUUAGCUCCUAAAUCACCAAGCUUCUGGGUCCCCAAGUGAGGCAGAGUUCAGUAAACAAAAAGGGAUCAAGCACCAGGCACUCGGAUUUGCAAGUAAGACAGGGUGCUUUCAAAGAAAUGAUUUCAGAUUAUUGGGAAUAUAGCUGAAGUUUCCCCAAAGGAAAGAACUGAAAGGGAGCUGGGUGAGGUGGCACAUAUCUGCAAUGCAGCACUCUAGAGGUUAAGGCAUGAGGAAGCUAACCUGGGCUAUAUAGUGAGACCCCCCCAUAUAAAAAGAGAGAGAGAAAGAGAAAAGAGGCUGCCUAGAGAUGAGUGCUGGAAUGUUCUUGCUGGGGUUCACAAGGAAGAAAGGGUGCUGCUUAGCCUGGGGAAAACUCGUAUGUAGGAUAAUCCUUUCUGCUUCCACAUUUCCACCAAGCAACUUUAAAAAACAAACAAACAAACAAAAAACAA